GAGAAAAGCCUUUUUUUCUGUCUUUUUUUUUUUGGCUGGAAUUGUAUGAGAAACAGAAGGGGAGAGACAGGGGAGGAAAGCCGGAUGACUCGUUAAAUAUUUCUUUCUCCUUGCCUGCGAAGAUAACUUUCUUGACUGUCGCUGCGUUCUUUGUCCAUGGUCAGAAUAGAGAGAGGGCUCGACAGCAGCUUUUUCUGUGGAAGAGCAUCCUCCCCGUCGCUGCCCUCUCCCCAACUUGCCUUUCUAAAGAUCGGAAACUCUUGAGCGUAUUAGACUCCUCCGGCCCCGAAAAUGAUCCUGGUGCGCAAAUUCCGGGUGCUGAUCCUGGUGGUGUUCCUCCUGGCCUGCACGAUGCACAUCAUGAUCGAUCUGUUGCCCAAGCUGGAGGCUCGAGGGGCCCGGGCUUCGGGAGACCCUAGCUGCUCUUGCUCGCCCACGCCGGGCGAGGAGGCCCAGGGCUGGGGCAAGCCCAGAACCGAUCCGGCCUGGCCCAACAAGCACACGCUCCGCAUCCUGCAGGACUUCAGCAGCGAUCCCGGCUCCAACCUGACUUCCCACUCCCUGGAGAAGGUCGCCGAAGGUCUCCAGGGCCCGGAGCCCCCGGCCUUCCCCGCUGACCCCCGGGCCAGGAAGCUCAUCCAGGAUGGAAGUCCCAGCCGGAGGGUCCCAAGAGGGAAAGGACCGUCCAAGCUGGCCUCCCUGUUCGAGCAUCCCCUCUACAGAAUCGCCAUCCCCGGCCUGACAGACGAAGAUGUCCUGUUCGACGUGAACAGCGACAUCCGAUUUAAUCCCAAGGCUGCCGAAAUCCAGGAAUGGCAAAAUGAAGGUAAUGAAGAUGAAGAAUUUUUAACCACAGGAGAAACAUCUAUUGAUUCCUAUCCCAACUGGUUAAAAUUUCAUAUUGGCAUUAAUCGAUAUGAGUUAUAUUCCAAGCAUAAUCCUGCAAUUGGGGCUUUGCUGCAAGAUCUUGCCUCCCAGAAGAUAACAAGUGUCGCAAUGAAGUCAGGAGGCACUCAGCUAAAGCUGAUCAUGACAUUCCAAAAUUAUGGGCAAGCUUUAUUCAAACCCAUGAAGCAAACCAGGGAGCAGGAAACCCCACCGGAUUUUUUUUAUUUCUCAGACUAUGAAAGACAUAAUGCUGAAAUAGCUGCAUUUCACCUGGACAGAAUCCUAGAUUUUCGCCGCGUCCCUCCAGUUGCAGGCAGAUUGGUCAAUAUGACGAAGGAAAUAAGAGAUGUAACCCGAGACAAGAAGCUCUGGAGAACCUUCUUCAUCUCACCAGCAAACAACAUCUGUUUCUAUGGAGAGUGUUCCUACUACUGCUCCACAGAGCACGCUCUGUGUGGGAAGCCGGACCAGAUUGAAGGUUCCCUAGCUGCUUUUCUACCAGACCUGUCACUUGCAAAAAGGAAAACCUGGCGAAAUCCCUGGAGGCGCUCUUACCACAAACGCAAGAAAGCAGAAUGGGAAGUGGACCCAGAUUACUGUGAAGAGGUGAAACAGACACCACCGUAUGACAGCAGCAACAGGAUUUUGGAUAUAAUGGAUAUGACUAUUUUUGAUUUUCUAAUGGGAAAUAUGGAUCGACAUCAUUAUGAAACCUUUGAAAAGUUUGGAAAUGAAACUUUUAUCAUUCACUUAGAUAAUGGAAGAGGGUUUGGAAAAUAUUCGCAUGACGAGCUUUCCAUUUUGGUGCCUUUAAAUCAAUGCUGCAGGAUACGGAAAUCAACCUAUCUGCGAUUACAAUUGCUAGCCAAGGAAGAGUAUAAACUGAGUCACUUAAUGGAAGAAUCUUUAAUGAAAGACAAAGUUGCUCCCAUCCUCUAUCAGUUACACUUAGAAGCAAUGGACAGACGGUUGCGGAUUGUUCUCCAAGCGGUUAGGGACUGCAUAGAAAAAGAUGGCUUUAGCAGUGUGGUUGAAAAUGACUUUGACACUGACAACACUUUUACAACCAAAAGGUCGUGACAUUAGAUUGCUCUGUUUUUACUAGCUAAGUUCGAAGAAGAAAAAAGUCUUGCAAGAGACUAUGUAUGCCACUUUGUGAAUUCAGUGAAUUCAGAAAUGAGGAUAUAAUUGUUCCCAAAGUAGGUAAAGUGUAGACUCAGAGAAGGAUUGAAUAAUUAAGAAAAUAAGUCUAAUGUGAUGUUUUUAAUUAGUUCCUGAAACAGAAUACGAAAGGUUUGGCAUUAACAGAUGAAAUGAAUUGGUGGCAAUUAAUUGCAUUCUGUCCUUUUUGUACAGAAAGGAGGCCUUUAUUUAAUAUUUUGUAUUUAUAUAUGGUGUGUAUAUAUAUAGACAUAUAUAUGUAUAUAUAUAUAUAUAUAUAUAAACCACAGACCUACCUACCAAAUUCAGUAAGGGAGGGGCAGCAGAAUUUUGAUGUCUUACCAUUCAUUCUAGGUGACAGGUCACUUGGUCUUUCAUGUUAACCCUUGAAGUGCUUUCAUUUGUGAGGCCCAAUUUAAAGAAAUGGUAUCUCUUUUUGAAUGUCAGCAUUUGAAGGGUUAAGAUGCAAACUUAGAAAUGCAGUGGUUCAUCCAAAUGGAAUUUCAGUAAUUGUUCAUUGACAGAGAAUACUUGAAUGUUGGUUUUACAAAGUGAUGUAAAAUGACGAGUUGUACUAUUUAUCUAUCAUGAAGUAGCAGUUCUUAUCUUUCUAGACUGGCAUAGUAGAACUGCUACUUUUCUGAAUUUGCUUUUGAUAGUUUUGUGUAAAUAUAUACAUAUCUGGGUAAAGCUGCACUCAGCAGUGAUAGACUUAAUUUUGCAGCAUUUUUGUGGAAUUGUUUGCAACGUGGUAAAAGUGCAAUAAAGAUAUAGCAAAUGUGUA